GGAAAAUUUACUUUGCUUUGCAUUUUCAGUCAGUAACUGUAUCGUCUUGCUGAAAUAUAAUUCGGAAAUAUAAUAUCGAAAAUACUAAAAACAUCUCUCCAUUUAUUAAAGGCUUCCUAUUUUUCUACUGCAAGUACUACAAUGCUGUGGUAUUUCUUGGCCUAUUUGUUCAAUGGCUUUGUGUCCGGUUCUCGAUUCAUUGUGAGUUCUGCAUAUGAAUCAAAACCAAUUAUGAUAAUCCUUAGCAGCUGCUUGGCUCUGGCUUUGAUACUAAAUGUCCGGACGGGUGCCAUAAUUGUCCGGAACAUGGGCAGAUUAAUGACACCAGAAAAUCAGAAUGCCCCCAUCAACAUUGUAAGCAGAUUGGUGCAGGCGAGGAAUUGGCCAAGGGAGCUGCUUUGGCGAUUCUAUGAUGAUUUGCCAUCGGCCAUGAUACUCAAAAAUAAUGGAUGCGCGGUAAUUUUGAGCAUUUGCUGUGAAAAUCGUGAAAUGAUUCCCUAUGUGACGGGCGGUGAGCUGGGCCAGAAAUAUUACUUUGUGGAGGCCAGCUUCAAAUGGAGCCUGCAGCACUCAGUGGAGCAUUCAAUAGAUGGCCACAAGUUUUCGCUGGAGAUGCAGGCUCUUCACCGUUGUCCCGAGAGAGAAGCCCCGUUCGAGUAUCUCACCAUUUCGCAUUUGUUUGUCACCACCUACCAAAUAAAUGGGAAGAUUGGUAAUAUUACUAACAAUUUGCAAAUGAUUCGGAGUCCUGGUUCGGUUGCGGAAUUGCCACCCUUCGAUCUCUCCUCGCUCAUGACGACGUUUGAGAACGGCUUCUUUAGCUAUCGCGGCACCUACGAUAAUGGCCAAUCCAAGAUAGCCACCCAGUGGUUCAUCAAUUCACGCAUUUGCGGCAUCGGCCUCGAGCAAUUAAACAAAUUCGGCGAACUCUGCGGUGUGAAUGGAAAAACUAUAUCGCAAAAUACUCGCAAAAUUCGACCAAUGGGCAAUCGUUCCGUGCUAUAUCAUUAAAAAAUACCAAAUCAAUGGAUUUCUUAGGAAGUUCAGUUAAGGUUUUUUAUUCUUUUAAUAAACAUUUAUUUUUCGAUUUGAUCCUUCAUCACACAAAUUUA